AUGGACGCGGACGCGUCAUCGCGGUCGGAGCUCCAGUUGGGCGCGUUGUACGGGCGCUACCGCCACUGGCGGCCGUGUGCGACACUGUCAUCUGAUCUGCCGCCGCUUGAGGCGUCGACUGACCCGUCUCCCGCUUCUCUGCGUGCGCUAGUGAUCCAGUUUGAAGGCUCUGCGCGUGAAGAUCUCCGCGUCGGGUUUGCUGCUUCUCCUGACGUCGCUGUUAGCGGCUCAGCGGCUGCGCUGGGCGCGGAAACGCGUUACAAUGUACGCACAGAAUGGACCUAUGAAGUGGCUAUUGGACUGAGUGGCAACACCGAAGUCGUGUGGCGCAAAGCGGCUUCUGGACGCAGCAAAGAAGUGGAUCUCGCUCGGGUGUUUACCGGUCGCACGUGCUCAGCGCAGGACUUUGUGCCCUACUGGAUCGUUGUCGAGCUGACGAACGGGUCGAUGGCGGUCGGUGUGGGUCCUCACGUGGGCCAGGACGUCCUCGCGACGUGUCGAGACCCUGACUUUGUUCCUGUGGCGCUGACAGCGUUCACGUCGUGGGACUCGCCCGUGUCUCUGCGUGGCAUUCAGGUCCACGGCGUCUAUGAAGGACAGAUGGAGGCUCUUGCAGCUGCCGAUGUGUCGGCGUUUCCUCCUCCAAGACUUGUGGUGCGUGCUGACGCGCUGGGCAGAGAGGACUUGCUGACAGCGGAGCAGCGACAGAAGUUUGAGGCGGAGUACGAAGCGUCAAAGCGACGCGCAGAUCGCUUUGGCACUGCGUUUGUACCGCCAGAUAUCAAGACGGUGAUGGAUCCACGAGACGUGAGGAAGCUGCAGCGAACGGGUGCGGUCGUGCCUGGCUUCUCGACAGGUAUUGACAUCACCAGUGAAAAAGAGCAGGGUAAACGCGAGCAGCGCAUGAAGCGAUUUGAUACGCCGCAGUUUGCAGUGAAUUACUCGGCUGAGACGGCAAAGGCGCUCGAGCAAGGACUGACUCAGGAAGAGUGGGUCCAAAAGCAGCACGACCAGGAGAAGUUGCGGGCUCGUGCACAGAAAUAUGGGCUUUCUGCUGCAGAAGAUCGUUCGCAAGUGGUGCCGAGUGACUUGCAUCCUGCAUCUGCGAAGGUCGGUCGUGAGCGCUUGGAUGUAAAGGCAGCCGAAGGACAAACGGUGGCAUUUCGUGAUGAUGCGCUGCACAUGUAUUCGCUGGAUGAGAAGUUCCAAGAAGUCCGUACAAGCGACGUGAUGGAGUACUUUGUGGGCUACGGUCCGGCAUACGUGGAGUGGCUGAAUGACAGCUCGUGCACCAUUGUCUUCCAAGACAACUUCACGUCUGCUAGAGCGCUCAUCGCUCUGGGUCAAAAGGUUCCACCGCAAAUUCUUGAGCAAACGAAGAAGGAGAAGGCGAAUGCUGGAGACGCUCUGGCGUCCGGGGAAGACGUCAACAUGGAGGAUGCAGAGCCACACGCUGAUGCUGAUUCUGCUACGGCAAUGAACGACGGCGAAGAGGAAGUCGAGAUUCCGCAUGACGCGUUCAACCGCUCGCAGUGGUACAUGGGCAACAAAGCAAUUGGCAGCAAGACGCAGCCUCGUGACAAGAAAUGGCGAGUGCUGUUGCGCAAGGCAACCGACGAGGAUUUUCCGCCUGAGAAGAUGCCCAAGAAAGGCAUGUAUCACUCUCGCAGCAGCCGUCGCCAUGAUGCUGGCAGUAUGCAUCCACGCAAUGGCCGCAACAAUGGAUCAUCACGACGGGGUCGCUCGCGCGCUCAUCCUUACGGAGGAGAUGCCCGUGAGAUCGGAGGUAGCGAGGAGUCAGCAGGACGCCAGCGUCGUCGCAGCACAAAGGAUGACAUUGACACUGGUAAACCGUCCAAGCGUAUACGUGUCAACGCCGACGGCUCCAUCAACAUUGUGCGUGACGAGCAAGCGAUCUCCAAUCCAGAAUGA